UGUGUGUUUCCGGCGCCGGCGGCCGGCGACGGUGUGAGAGCGGUAAGAUGGCGGCCGCAGCGGUGGUGGAGUUCCAGAGAGCUCAGUCCCUACUCAGCACCGACCGGGAGGCCUCCAUCGACAUCCUCCACUCCAUCGUGAAACGUGACAUUCAAGAAAAUGAUGAGGAGGCAGUCCAGGUCAAAGAGCAGAGCAUCCUUGAACUGGGGUCUCUCCUGGCGAAGACUGGACAAGCUGCUGAGCUUGGAGGACUCCUGAAGUAUGUACGACCUUUCUUGAAUUCCAUCAGUAAGGCUAAAGCAGCUCGUCUGGUCCGAUCUCUUCUUGAUUUGUUUCUUGAUAUGGAAGCAGCUACAGGGCAGGAGGUCGAGCUAUGUUUAGAGUGCAUCGAAUGGGCCAAAUCAGAGAAAAGAACUUUCUUACGCCAGGCAUUGGAGGCAAGGUUGGUGUCUUUGUAUUUUGAUACUAAGAGGUACCAGGAAGCAUUGCAUCUGGGUAUUAUUCAUGCAGCAGAGGAGAAGGACUGGAAAACUGCUUACUCAUACUUCUAUGAGGCAUUUGAAGGCUAUGACUCCAUUGAUAGCCCCAAGGCCAUCACAUCUCUGAAGUACAUGUUAUUGUGCAAAAUCAUGCUCAACACCCCUGAAGAUGUCCAGGCUUUGGUGAGCGGAAAGCUUGCACUUCGGUAUGCAGGGAGGCAGACAGAAGCAUUGAAAUGUGUGGCUCAAGCUAGCAAAAACAGAUCACUGGCAGAUUUUGAAAAGGCCCUGACAGACUACCGGGCAGAGCUCCGGGAUGACCCAAUCAUCAGCACACAUUUGGCCAAGUUGUAUGAUAACUUACUGGAACAGAAUCUGAUCCGGGUCAUUGAACCUUUUUCCCGAGUACAGAUUGAACACAUAUCUAGUCUCAUCAAACUCUCCAAGGCCGACGUGGAAAGAAAAUUAUCACAGAUGAUUCUUGACAAGAAGUUUCACGGGAUUUUGGACCAGGGGGAGGGCGUUCUGAUCAUUUUCGAUGAACCCCCAGUAGAUAAAACUUACGAAGCUGCUCUGGAAACAAUUCAGAACAUGAGUAAAGUAGUGGACUCCCUCUACAACAAAGCCAAAAAGCUGACAUAGAGUUGGAUCAGUAGCGGUUCUUUGGAGAGUGUGUGUGGCGGGAGAGUGAACCCUUGGGGAAAUGCUAGGAGAUUCUUUUCUUUCUGUUCUACUUUUCGCUCGGAAAGUUUUUAACCCUCAUUGGUGCAUCUGUAUCCAGCGAUAGGCGGCCAGUUCUCAUGUAAUCAGCACUGGCCAACAUGGGAGUGGGGAAAUUGCUUAAAAAAAAAAGAAAAAAGAAAAAAAAAGAUUCUAAAUAAAAGGAAAAAGGCUUACACUACCUAAAGCUGUGCUCUCUGCCUCCUGGGAGAGGGCCGCAAAGCCAGGCACCCCGCCAACCACUGGGGAUCCUCAUCCACCUGCUGGGCGCCACCUCUCCUCCUCUUCAGAAUUGGGUGUUUGCUGACCAUCAAAAGCAAUGACUUUUUAUUCUGUUUGUACUGAACCAAAACAAACAACUGUGUAUAGACUGCUGUUUUCUUUGUUAUUUGAAACGAGGCGUUGGUGUGCUCUCCCUUACCCUCUUUGACUUUGGCUCCAGCAGACUACCUGAAAGGCCGGCUGUGGAGCCACUGCAAAAGGCUCUGCUCUGACCUGUGAAAGAAUGGGAACAAGUCCAGGAGCUAGUGUCCACUACGGGCAGGCACAGUGUGGGCCUCAGCCCUCAGGGUGCCUGCUGUGCACAUGGCUUUCUUUAACACAGUAACUAGAUUAGACAGCAGUGUUUUAACCACCCCUCCUCCCCUCUUUGCUUUCCUUUCCUCUAUUUCCUUUCAGCCGGGAGACCAUAUCCUUUCUCUUUCCCCUCUAGAGGAGUUGGGUUGUCUGAACUCCAUCUGCUGCUUUCCCUCUCUACCCUUCUCUCCUGAUGUCAGAUGGAACUAUCCCUUUUCAAAACAGUAACAUCGGGAAUGAGGCUGGGUGGUUUUAAUUUAAAUUACAAAACAAAAAAAAAACCAAAACAACCAAACCGAAACUUUGUUGGGUUUGAAGCACCCUCAUGCCCCCUUUCCAGACUGUCUUCCUCUGCCUCUUAAGAGUGUGAGCUGACGGGGUGGCGCUGUUUUAGCAUGCUUUGUUUCUGAUGCAGUUCCUUAGCAGGCUUUGAUGCCAUUUGGGCAGGUGAACGCCUGCACCUUUGCUGUCCCCACCGUGCUGUGCCCUCUCAUCCACUCUGUCUCUCCCCUCCCCUGACUCCUUCCUGCUGCCCCCUUUUCUCAGACUGUCCUUCCAGGUUUUGGUAAUAGAUCUCUAUUUUGUAAAAGGUUUUGUUGUACCAGGUUUUGCAUCUCCACUAAAUCUGACUGGCUUUCAUUUUCCUCUCAAAAUCAGGUUUUGUUCUCAGCCACCUUCUCCCCAUCAUGUCCAGUCACUGUUUUGGUUUUGGCACCAUCAAUAUCAAAUGUACAAACGGUUCUUGCUAACCAACACCAGGUAUAUCUGAUGUUCAGAUGAGUUCCAAUAAAAUAAUUUUUUUU